AGACGAUUAAAGACGCACUUACUUCCGUAAACUAGAGCCGCCUUCUACUCGUUCUGAUCGUCGACCCCGUUCGUCGCGUGGGUUCAUGGUGGCUUUGUUGUCUUGGUGAUGGAUCGCAGAAGAUCAAUCGAGCGAGGUGGCAGAGAGAAGAAACUCGAGAAGAAAAAACGAAGGAGAUCCUCUUCUUCUUCUUCCUCUUCAUCGUCUUCCUCAUCCAGCAGCAGGAGUCGAAGCAGAUCGUCAAAGAAAACACCCAACAAAAGUCAAGAUGUGAAAACACAAAGAAAGAAGCGACGAAGAAGCUCAUCUUCUUCAUCGUCAACUUCCUCCUCGUCUUCUUCUUCGACCAGUGACGAAAAGACCAAGAAGAAGAAAAGUAAAGCCAAGAAAAAGAAGUUGAAGAAGAUGAAGGCGAAGCUGAAGAAACAGAAGAAAAAGGAGAAAAGGGAGAAAAAGAAGAAAGAGAAGCUGAAGAAGAAGGAGGAGAAGAAGAAAGCAGAGGUGGUGCUGCUGCCGCCCAGUCCUCCAGUAGAGAAGCCUCCAUCUUACCUGGAGGUGUGGCAGAGUGACGAGGGGGCCGUGGAGCUCGGGCCUGUGAUGACGGAUGAGCAGAAGGCCCGACUCGCCACCAAGAGGCCCAUCACCAAAGAGGAGUACGAGGCCAGACAGAGCGUGAUCCGCAGGGUGGUGUGCCCAGAAACGGGGCGCACCAGAUUGGUGAGAGGAGAAGGAGAGAUCAUCGAGGAGAUCGUCAGCCGAGAAAAACACAAAGACAUCAACAAGCAGGCCACCAAGGGAGACGGGAAAGAGUUCCAGAGGAAACUAGGAGUGAACAGGUAGAAGAUGAGAUCUACUCCUGGAGUGCAGCUACAAUGAGAUGAACGUUAAAUCAUAAUACAACGAUCGCCCGUCGUUAGAGAAGGUAGAUGCUCUCUUGAUGUUCACUGAGGUUUGAUUCAGGUGACAGACGGUAUGUUACUGAUUUGCCUUAAUUAAAUCUAUGCUGCAGUUAGAGUGAAUUUAUUUUGACUACUGAUCUGUGCUGAAGCAACGCAAGGACAAUGUCCAAAAGGACUUUAAAUUGUAUUUUUUAAGUAUUUCAGUUUUCUGUAUGUGCUUCUCAGAUGAUGUGAAACAUACUGUUUGUAAAUGGACUUUACAACGCUGUCAAAUCACCCACAUGUAGAUGUCUACUCACCUUCAUGUCUCACAUUUAUUUUCUCGUUGGCUCGCUGAACAAAUCUACAUUUGGGGAAACUGAUUCCUAAAUAAUAAACCGUUUUUGUCAACUGCAAA